CAAGUUACAGUACUGCAGUAAUUGAUGAGCUUUCAUUGGGAAGGCCUUGUCCAACUCGAAUCGAGGGAGGUAAUGCUCACAAGGAACGAGCACGAGCGUAGGAGUGCAUGGACGUGCGCGAACUUCGAUGUUGAAUGUUGAAUGUUGCUGACGCAAGUCGAGGGAUGUGCAUCACAAGGAGUUCGGGAGUUUCAUGAAGAGCUGCAUGAUUAGUCGAGCACAUCCGUGAACAGUUGGAGAGAGAAAAAUCUACCUCUCUGAGUCGUGUUCCUGCUGUUCUCCGUGGCUCUCUGGGAAAACGUCUGGAAAAUUUUGCACGUUUCCGCAUUCCGAUUCUCACUCUGUCAUAGGGUUUAGUGGCUAGAGGUGGCAUUUACCUGGUGAAUCUGGCGAAGGUGGAACAGGUUACCGAUGUACUUGAAAUUCGCGAAAAUCACACUCUUUUGACAUCUCAUCAUGAAUGGUGCGGGAGCUCCAGACUUCUUCUUUCGAGAGGCCAAGCGUCUCAAUUUUGUAGCCCGAUCUGCAUUCAAGCUUUUGGAGAUUCAAAAGAAGUAUGGGAUAAUCACCCGAGGGGCAUCGGUCUUGGACCUCGGCUGCGCCCCCGGCGCCUGGCUUCAGGUGGCAUGUCAAUGCUUGGGACCUCUAGCAAGAGGUGGAGCUGUUGUAGGUGUUGACAUCAAGAAAGUGAAGGUGCCUCCUCACCAUUGUGACGAAAGAGUCCGAACUUUAUCUGCAGACGUUUUAAAAACUUCACCUCGAGACCUUGCAAAGCUUUCUCCAACAGGAAUGGGCUUCUCUGUGAUCUUAUCCGAUAUGUGCCCUUCUGUGUCGGGCAUUAGUUCGAGAGAUGCGGCUUUGUCUGCCGAAUUAGGUUUGUGCACUUUGAAGUUAGCGUUUUCGGAGAAUCCGGAAGAAAUUCUGCAGGAAGAGGACACUCUUCCUCCUCUUACAAGUAAAGAGGGGCUGCUGUUGCCAGAGGGGAGCAUAGUUAUCAAGCUCUUAGAAGGGGAAGACUCUAGUGAGUUUCUGCAACUGUGUAAAAGUCGUUUCAAGACUGCGACUUGGUUUCGGCCUAAAGCUACACGUCCUACCUCAAGAGAAAUCUAUUUAAUUUGCAAAGGACGCAAGUAAUCUUGCACUUGCUCAAAGUUGCAACUCGGCAUACAAAGAUUUCUCACUCAUAGAAAAGGUAGUAGAGCUUGGUUAGUUGUACAAACAGGCAAUUUGAUAGGAAUAGACCUCUGGAGAUUUAAGGAUUUUGGCUAUAUUCAGUUGUUGAUGAAAAUUAAAAUCCGGCCCUCCUGUUCUUUCCGGCCAUUGCGCCCAACCGUGUAGGUCUUCCGGUUCUUUUAUGUCUUCUCUUUCUUACCUGUAAUAGAGCUCAUCUUCAUCAUGAAAGUAGUGUAUAGGCACUCGAUUUGAGGCGCAGGGUAUGACACAAGCUCAAGACAGGUAGCACAAGCUAUGACAUAAAACAUGGUUUGAGAUAAACGGUAUACGCUACCGAAGUGCUAGCGGAAUGUCAGAUUGCGUCAAGACUGACGAGUCUUGUUUAGCCCCCCAUUGGGUGAGCUUCACAUGCUUUACCAUCGUGACACAUUUCAACCUGCC